AGGGUUAAGAGCAGUGCCGACAGGUUUUCCUCCCUAGGGCUUAUCUCUGGUAGAGGAGUUCUUUCAUCCCUCCUUUCUUAUUACCCCUCACUUCCUUCUCUUGAUCUCCUCCUUCAUCUUGUCGUUGUCUUGCUUUGGAAACUCCAACCCAAGGGACCACAAGGCAGCGACAUUUUGGGUUUUCUAGGGUUUAUAAAAUUUUGAGAACUAACAAUGCCACUGAAUAUCUCAGUACUAAACUUCAAUCCUUUCUCAAAGAACAUGCUCCAUGAUGCCUCUUCACAUGCUGCACCUGGUUCAACAAAAGAUGCUCUACCUACUCGUAAUGCAUUAGAUAAUGUUGAGUCUUCUUCCCUUAUCUCUUCUAUUUCACCUGUUAGAUCUAAUCCUAUUGAUAUUGAGCUUGAAAAUGAGAUCAUUAAUCCACCUUCAAGUCAUCCUACUCAGAUAGAUGUGAAAAAUGUCUUUCUAAAUGGUGAUCUUGUAGAGGAAGUUUACAUGAAACCACCUCCUAGACUUGAGCAUCCUCCAAACAAAAGUUUGCCAUCUAUAUGGUUUGAAACUAAUCAUGGUAUGGUUCUACUACUUCUUUAUGUUGAUGAUAUGAUCAUUACUAGGGAUGAUAUUUUAGGUAUUCAUGAUCUUAGGCAAUUUCUCAAUCAUAAGUUUGAGAUGAAAGAUCUUGGUGUUUUGAGCUAUUUCUUGGGACUUGAGGUCACCUCUUAUGAUGAUGGUUAUCUUCUCUCCCAAACAAAAUAUGCUUAUGAUCUUAUAUCUAAAGCUGGAUUCACUGAUAGUAAGACUUCAUCUACCCCACUUGAGCCAAAUGUUUGACUUACACCAAUGGAUGGUUCUCCAUUAGUUGAUCCUACUUGUUACAGAUAGUUGGUUGGAAGUUUAAUUUAUCUUACUACAACACAAUUAGACAUAGCUUAUGCAGUUCAUGUCAUUAACCAGUUUAUGGCUACACCUAGCUCCACUCACCAUGCAGUAGUACUUCACAUUAUUCACUUUAUUAAAGAUACCAUUUUUCA